GAUUUAUGCCACAAUUAGUGCAAGCAGUGCGAAUAACAAUGUAAAAAGUAGUCAAAUUGCCAGUACGUCAUGCAGUCUCAACAGCAACGAUGCGAAUGGCGUCUCGGAAACGGGAGAUAUUUAUGCAAAAGUAUGGAAAGGACCCAAAAAAUCCAUGGAUACACAAAAAAGUUCGGCAGCUUCGAAAUUAUCAUCAACUUCAUCAGGAAUGACCCGAAUGUGGACCUGCAUUAAAUGCUCAUACGCCUAUAAUCCGCAAUGGGUGAAACAAUGUGAUAUUUGUGAGUCAAGUCGAUCACAUAUGAGCUCCAAAGACUCAAAUAUUGAAAGUAGUGACAACGACAAGUCUCGUAUGUUGAAAUUAUUGUCACAUGGCUUCGAUGAGGUACCAACAAAAGUCCCCAUGGCAACUUUCGAGCAAGAUUUGGAAGACGAUUUUCAAUUUCUGCCAGGCGACACAAUUCCCUCCGAUUCCGAAAUCGAAUGGACAUGCAAAAAGUGUACGUUGCUAAAUAAAGGCACAUCUACCGUUUGUAUCGUUUGUGGCGGCUCGAAACUCCGCAGUAUCACGUCUGUCGAGGAUUUGACGUUGCGCAAAGGCGAAUUUUGGUCCUGCUCAAAGUGCACGUUGAAAAAUUCCCUCGGGAGUAGUGCGUGUAGUGCUUGCAAGGCAACACGACAAUCAUCAUCCGCCCAGCCAAAUAAUGUCGCAGCAGCAUCAACGACAAGUGCAUCGUCAAUAGCAUCAACGACAACGACAUCAGCUGUGACGUCAAACAUGAAAAAUUCAUCAUCUCAGGCUUGUAUUUCGGCAAAUUCAGGAAAACAUAAUGUGGUUGGGAGCGGAAGUAAUAAUCUGAUGCCGCCCGCAAAUCGGGGCGUUUCACGAAGUCCGUCACGGAAUGAUCGGAUAUCGGCAUCAGGAGCAAUACCGAAGCGUCACAGUACCGGAGCAAUGCUUUCAUCAUCUUCACGAAACAUCAUCGCCAGCGGACCAACGAAGCAAACCGCCUCCAAAACAUGGCAAUGUCCCGCUUGCACAUUCGAAAAUUCCUCGGCAUCCGUUGUCUGCGAAAUUUGUUCGAGUCACCGCAAGCUGAACGUCACAACGGAAACGAGUUUUUCGGGCGGUCCCAUGGGUGCUCUCGACAACGUCGUCGACAUGAGUCGCCACGAAAGCAAAUUGAUGGAAAAUCUCCGUCAAAUGGAGGAAUCCGAUGCGCUGAGUAAAUGGGAGAACAUCAUUCAGUAUUGCAAGGAAAAUAAUGAACUUUUUGUGGAUGACUCGUUUCCGCCUGCUGCCAAAAGUCUGUAUUACAAUCCGAAUGCCAAUGUCGAUGUGAAUCCGGUUGUGCAAUGGCGACGUCCGCACGAGAUAAAUUGUGAUGGCGGAUCGUUCCCGCCAUGGGCAGUCUUUCGAACGCCACUUCCAUCGGAUAUUUGUCAAGGAGUUCUCGGGAAUUGUUGGCUUUUGAGUGCUUUAGCGGUGUUGGCAGAACGCGAGGAUCUCGUAAAGGAAGUUCUCGUGACGAAAGAUAUGUGUCCGCAAGGUGCUUAUCAAGUGCGUUUGUGCAAAGAUGGCAAAUGGACGACAGUUCUGGUCGAUGAUUUGCUUCCAUGCGACAAACGGGGACAUCUUGUGUACUCCCAAGCGAAGCGGAAACAACUUUGGGUGCCCCUAAUCGAAAAAGCCGUCGCUAAAAUCCACGGAUGUUACGAAGCGCUUGUUUCGGGACGCGCAAUUGAAGGAUUGGCAACACUUACGGGAGCUCCGUGCGAAAGUAUUCCGCUUCAACCGAGUUCUAUCCCGAUGCCGAGCGAAGAUGAGCUCGACAAAGAUCUCAUUUGGGCCCAAUUGCUCAGUAGUCGUUUGGUGAAAUUCCUCAUGGGUGCAAGUUGCGGCGGCGGAAACAUGAAAGUUGACGAGGAGGAGUACCAAAGUAAGGGAUUGAGACCGCGACAUGCGUAUUCAGUAUUAGAUGUUCGUGAUAUCCAAGGACAACGACUUUUAAAGCUGCGAAAUCCUUGGGGACAUUAUUCGUGGCGCGGCGAUUGGUCUGACGACAGCGAUUUAUGGACUGAUGACUUGCGAGAUGCACUUAUGCCUCAUGGCGCUUCGGAAGGAGUCUUCUGGAUAUCCUUUGAAGAUGUCCUCAAGUACUUUGACUGCAUCGACAUUUGCAAAGUUCGUUCGGGAUGGAAUGAAGUUCGACUUUUGGGAACGUUGCAACCACUUUGUACACUUUCUUGCGUACUUUUAACUGUUUUAGAACCAACAGAAGCAGAAUUUACCUUAUUCCAAGAGGGUCAAAGAAAUUCGGAAAAAUCCCAAAGAUCGCAACUGGACUUGUGUGUUGUCGUUUUUAGAACUCGAAAUCCUGCAAAUCCUGAAGUUGGUAGAUUAGUCGAACACAGUAAACGUCAAGUUCGUGGCUUUGUUGGAUGUCAUAAAAUGCUUGAACGUGAUUUAUAUUUACUUGUUUGUCUUGCAUUCAAUCAUUGGCAUACCGGAAUCGAAGAUCCCUCGUUGUAUCCGCAAUGCGUAUUAGCCAUUCACAGUUCAAAGAAGUUACUUGUCGAGCAAAUCACACCGCCAUCUUACUUAUUAGCAGAUGCCAUCAUCAGUCUUACACUCACCAAAGGGCAGCGUCAUGAGGGGCGUGAAGGAAUGACGGCGUAUUACUUAACAAAGGGUUGGGCUGGAUUAGUUGUAAUGGUCGAAAAUCGCCACGAAAACAAAUGGAUUCACGUCAAAUGUGAUUGUCAGGAAAGUUACAACGUCGUUUCGACACGCGGCGAGUUAAAAACCGUCGAUUCCGUGCCGCCGUUACAGCGACAAGUCAUUAUUGUGCUGACCCAACUCGAGGGAAGCGGCGGAUUUAGUAUCGCGCAUCGACUUACGCAUCGUUUAGCCAAUUCGCGUGGCUUGCACGAUUGGGGACCGCCCGGAGCAACGCAUUGUCCUCCCAUCGACAACGUUUUCGGCCUUCAUUCGCCCCGAAUGAUCACCUAAAUUGAGCUAAAAACAUUUUUGGUGUGAUUUUUCUUGCAAAGUGAUCUUCAAAAUAUUGAAAAACUCUUGUUAAAUGUUCUGGAUAAAGACUUAUUUUUCGAAAAUCUUGAUGACAUUCAUACUAAAGGGCCAUAUAUUAACAUAGAUUCUCAAGUUAAACAUAUUAAUAAGUGUAAACGGAUAGUUAAGAACACAUGUUAUCAAGCACAGACUCAAGAGUUCACCAAUGAAUUAUUCUUGUAGACGAGAAAUUGAUGUGCAACAUCACAAAAAAUAGAUUGAGACAGAUAUUAGACAGAAAGUUGUCACAAAUAAUAAUUAAUUAGGUAUAAUGUUAGUGAUAGGAGACAUAGAAUUAAGAAUAAUGUAUG